CAGAAACAUUGCUAAACGCAAAUUUAGAAAAGGAAAAUCGCUCUUAAUCAUUUAUUGUAAAGCUAAGCGAAGUGUCAUGGCAACGAGCAUGCGAACCCAAUAUUGCCUGUGACCUUCUGAAACGCCGAAUCUAUGGCAAUUUAACCUCAGUUCAGCCAUACACGCGAAUAGUAUUAUUAUUCUGUACGAUCGCCUUCAAUUUGGAGUCUCACGGAAGGGUUGAUGUUUGGUGAUUUUGCAAGCAAUACCGCUCACGUGCACAAAUCAGUCAGCUUGCCGUCAGCAAUUAUGUCAGCCAACGUGUAUCCAGAACGACUAUAAAAGCAGAUCAGGGAACACACUCUUUUCUCUUCGUUACCCAUCUCAUUUUAAUAUUAUGGCUCCCAAGAUCGCAAUCGUUUACUACUCCCUGUACGGACAUAUCGGCUCUUUGGCCAAAUCUGUUGCCAAGGGUGUUACUGCCGCUGGCGGUGCUGCAGACUUGUUCCAAAUUCCUGAAACUCUCUCAGCUGAUGUGCUUCAAAAAAUGCAUGCUCCCCCAAGGGAUACCACCAUUCCUGAUAUCACUCCCGAAAAGCUUGCAGAAUACGAUGGCUUUUUGCUCGGUAUCCCGACCCGUUACGGCAACAACGUUGCUCAGUGGAGACAAUUCUGGGAUCAAACCGGAGGUUUGUGGGCUAAGGGUGCACUUCAUGGAAAGUUUGCUGGUAUCUUUGUUUCCACCGGAACCAUGGGUGGAGGUCAAGAAGUGACCGCUCUCAGCACUAUUUCUACCCUUGCUCACCACGGAAUCGUCUAUGUUCCUCUUGGCUACAAGAACACCUUCCCUCAGUUUGCUGAUGUCAACGUUGUUCGCGGAGGCUCAGCAUGGGGUGCUGGUACCUUCGCUGCUGCCGAUGGCAGCCGUCAAGUGUCGGACGUUGAACAUACUGUAGCUGAGAUUCAAGGCAAAACCUUUUACGAAACUCUUGCCAAGCACCAAUUUUAAGCGAUUGAUUGAAGCAGAUUGAACGCAGGGGUAAAAUUUUAAACCAGAAUAGCUCUAUUUACACGCUUUUGGAUAACACCUUUUCACGAAUAAACUGAAAAUAUUAUGUAAGAGGAGAUA